GAACCGCAAAUGGGAAAGAGAAUAACAGGUAUUACUGUUUAGGCUGUUUGCUUGCCAGAUAUUGCUUUAAAUGGAAGAUAAUACAGUCAAUCUAAUAAUUUUCCUGAUUUUGGAUGGCAUAGUGACAAUUCUGACACUAGUUGGCAAUGGGAUUUUUAUUUUCACAUUGGCAAAGAAGAAGUCACUGCAAACACCCUCUAACAUUCUGUUAGGUGCAUUGUCGAUAAGCGAUUUCUUGGUUGCACUUAUUCCGCAGCCAUUGGCGAUAUCCACAUGCAUUCUUCGUCUCUUCGAUGCCAACUACAUCACAGUCCAAUACAUCAAAUUGAUUGGCAGCUACUUUUGUAUCACUCUAUCUUUGCUCUACCUGGUAUCUGUGAGCGUCGAUAGAUAUGUUGCAAUAUGUCACCCAUACUUGUAUAUGAGGCAUGCAACAUGUAAACGAUACAUAUGGGGAAGCAUCUUCUUGUUCAUCUUUGGCAUUGUUUUUCAGUGCAUAAAGCUCAUAGUGAUAAGACAUUUUGCUAUAGACGGUUUGCCCAUUUUAAUUAUCACUGCAACAGUCAUCGCUUUUUGCAAUGUAAGAAUAGCGUUCGUGAUAAGAAAACAUAGUAGACAAAUCUUUCAAACAGACACAAGAUUUGAAGGGGAUGAGCGACAACAAAGUCGAACAGCAAAUUUGGACAGGAAUAAGGCAUACGUAACUGCAAUGCUGGUUAUAUGUUUUAUUCUAUGCUAUUUGCCUAUCUAUGUUUAUAAAUUACUUUUAAGCAUUGACUAUCUAAAUGUAAAAGAACGAUGGAAGAGCCAGGAAUUUUCCAUCAACCUGUGGUCAGAGUUCGCUGUCUACCUGAAUAGUUUUAUUAACCCCGUAAUAUACUACGGACGAAUGAGUCUGUUCCGUAGAGUUGCACGGGAGAUGUUGUGUGAAGGCAAGACAGAAAGACAGAAUCAUCUUCAUGAUACUCAGCCUAUGUUUAACAGACCAACCGGUAAUUUUCAUGGACGGCACAGGCAAGAGGGCAAAAGAUUUGCACAAGAACAGAAAAGAAUGAAUGUAUUGCAUCUGCUCAUACUCGUUUUAUUAGCUUGCUACCUACCAUACUGGUUUACAAGAAGUGUUGCUUAUUUUAGAAGGCAACUUUAUCCAGUUUCAGAUGCGGAUGAAAUUUUGCGAAUGUUGACAGAUUUUGCAUUGAUGUUCAACAGCCUCCUAAAUCCAAUUCUAUAUUAUGCCAGAGUGAAUGAAGUCAGAGUUGCAAUGCGGAAAGUCUUUAGAUUUCACAAGAAAAACAACAGCGAAUGAGUUCUUGUGGCCUAGGCCUGAUAAAAUGUUUAUUCACGAGAUACCUUUCUGCAAUGUCUUUGAUAUAAUUUAAGUGAAACCUUGUUUGAAGCCCUAAAUAGAAUGACACUAUAUAUAAAUAUAGAUAUCACUAGCUAAUUAUUGGUGAAAGGACAUAGAGGUUGUGAUGAUUAAAAGGUACCGUGGAAAACACAUACCAGGCAAGUCCAAACCGCCUGCGAGAAGCUUCAAAGCAAAGACCGAGAUACAACUUUUUGCUUGGGGGGAGGGCAGCCCUUAUAAAUCAGCGUAUCAACAGCCAUAUUUUAGAAAAUAAAAGUAUUUUACUUACGCAACGUAAGUUUUUUGGAGGGGCCAAUGCGCCACCAGACAGCCCCCUGUAUAUCGGUCCUUGGUUCAAAGGCAUAACUUAUGGCAAUACAAUGCAGUA